UCUCCUCCAAUUUGAAUGCUCUCCCGUUACGGCUCAUGACUCCACUCUCCUCUUGUGAGCACGGAACGUAAAACUGGAACGUGCCAACGAAAGAUUAAUAAAACCGGUGGCGGAAUGUUGGAUUCGGCAGCGGUCUUUGAGAGUGACGAGAUGGCGAUGGAGAUGGAAACCCGGGCAUCGGCGCCGUCGAAGACCUGGGCGAAGUCUUCCGCAGCCUACUUGGUGUGGGAGGACCUCACGGCGGCGCUAUCAAGUUAUGGCGGCGGCCGGCCGGCCAAGAAGCUCAUCCAAGGGCUGAGCGGGUACGCGGUGCCUGGCCGGAUCAUGGCGAUCAUGGGGCCUUCGGGUUCCGGCAAAUCGACACUCCUCGACUCCUUGGCAGGGAGGCUUGGAAGCAAUGUUUUGUUGACCGGGAGAGUUCUACUUAAUGGCAAGAAGAGAAGGCUAGACUAUGGAGUUGUGGCCUAUGUGACACAAGAAAAUGUGCUCCUAGGGACCCUCACCGUCCGAGAAACAAUCACGUACUCAGCUCAUCUGAGGCUCCCUGCAACCAUGAGCAAGGAGGAGGUGGCAGCUGUGGUGGAAAGAACUAUUGAGGAGAUGGGCCUGCAAGAUUGCGCCGACCGGGCAAUUGGGAAUUGGCACCUGAGAGGGAUCAGUGGUGGAGAGAAGAAAAGGCUCAGCAUUGCACUAGAGAUACUGACACAGCCCUGCCUCCUCUUCCUCGACGAGCCCACUAGUGGGCUCGACAGUGCCUCAGCUUUCUUUGUAAUCCAAACAUUGAGGCAGAUGGCCUGCCAUGGCAACAAGACCAUCAUCUCCUCCAUCCACCAGCCUAGCAGCGAAGUCUUUGCACUAUUUGAUGAUCUGUACCUUUUGUCCAGUGGAGAAACAGUUUAUUUUGGAGAUGCCAAGUUGGCUACAAAGUUCUUUGCAGAAGUUGGGUUCCCUUGUCCUAGCAGAAGAAAUCCAUCUGAUCAUUUCCUUCGAUGUAUAAACUCUGAUUUUGACCAUGUGAAUGCUACAUUAAAAGGGUCGAUCAAAAUUCAUGCGGAGGCAGAAUCAUCUUCAGAUCCUCUGUCGAAGUUAGGAACCUCAGAGAUCAAAGCAAUUCUUAUCGAGAAAUAUAAGAGCUCAGAAUAUGCAACCAUAGCUAGAAAUCGGAUUCAGGAGAUAUCUAAGAUAGAAGGGCUUACUGUGAAUUCAGAUAAAGGAAGCCAAGCUAGCUGGUGGAAGCAGCUCACAACUCUAACAAGGAGAUCUUUUGUGAACAUGAGCAGAGACAUUGGCUACUACUGGCUGCGGAUGGUAAUGUACAUAUUGGUAGCUGUGUGUGUGGGAAGCAUCUUCUGGGAUGUAGGGACAAGUUACACAGCUAUAUUAGCAAGAGCCUCUUGUGGGGGCUUCGUCGCGGGCUUCAUGACCUUCAUGUCCAUUGGAGGAUUCCCAUCUUUUAUCGAAGAAUUGAAGGUGUUCAUUCGUGAAAGGCAAAAUGGGCAUUAUGGAGUUGCAGUAUACAUACUCUCCAACUUUCUGUCAGCAUUCCCCUUCUUAGUUGCUGUGUCCCUCUCCACUGGAACUAUAACCUAUUACAUGGUGAAGCUCCACAAGAGCUUCUCCCAUUAUGCCUACUUCACUAUUAGUCUUUAUGCUGGCAUUUCAGUGAUAGAGAGCCUCAUGAUGAUUAUUGCCUCACUUGUCCCUAACUACUUAAUGGGCAUCAUAACUGGAGCUGGUGUCAUUGGAAUUAUGAUGAUGACAGCCGGGUACUUCCGGUUGCUGCGAGAUCUUCCUAAGCUAUUCUGGCGCUAUCCAGUUUCCAUAAUCAGCUAUGGGUCAUGGGCCUUACAGGGAAAUUACAAGAAUGACUUGAUUGGGCUGGAGUUUGAUCCUUUGAUACCUGGAGAUCCAAAAUUGAGUGGGGAGUACAUCCUAAAAAAUUUUCUUGGCAUCAGCUUGGAGCACUCAAAGUGGGUAGAUUUGACAGCUGUAUUUGUCAUACUUGUUUGCUACAGGCUUCUCUUCUUUCUGAUUUUGAAGCUCAAAGAGAGGGCUACCCCUCUGCUUCGGAUUAUUUACGCCAGAAUAACCAUGAAACAUAUCUUGAAGACACCAUCCUUCAAGAAGAGGAGGCCAUCAUUCUCAUCGCGGCAUCCAAAUCUCCACCCAAUGGCAUUGCAAGAAGGCCUGAGUUCACCACUUCCAUAAUGUCAAUAAUCGCUAACUGGAAUUGCUAGAAAGUAUUUGAAGUUAUCAUACAGAUGGAAAUGAGAGGUAUUGUCUAUUGUAGCAAUGCAAGAUAUUUCCAAUUUCCAAGUACUUGAUUAACAUAAUCAUGUUGCAUCUUGUAAAGUAUUUCUGUAAUUUUACAGAAAUAUCAUAAUAGACCAUGUCAAUCCUCUCAUGCUAAAAUACUGUUGCAGAUUCAUUGACUAAGCAUGCAAAUUAAACAAGAUAUCAAUUUAUUUCAAUAUAGCAUGCUUAUGUGAA